GUCGUCGCCUCACUUCCAUCUCCACACCGCACCACGCAGCACCAUGGCAUCCGUCUUCAAGGCAGGCACCGCCGCCAGCGAGAAGAAGGGCAAGCGCAAGGCCGCAGACGUCGACGCUGCGGACGUCGGCGCCUCCGCGUCGGCGUCCACGUCGGCCGGCCCGCUGCGCCGCAACAAGCAGCGCACCCUCAUCCUGCCCUCGCGCGGCGUCACGAUGCGCAUGCGCCACCUCGUCAACGACAUCGAGUCGCUGCUGCCGCACUCGAAGAAGGACUCGAAGCUCGACUCCAAGUCGGACCUGCACGUCCUCAACGAGCUCGCCGAGCUGAACAACUGCAACAACACGCUCUACUUUGAGGCGCGCAAGCACACCGACCUGUACAUGUGGGCCUCCAAGACGCCCAACGGGCCGAGUGCCAAGCUGCACGUGCAGAACAUCCACACCAUGGACGAGCUCAAGAUGACGGGCAACUGCCUCAAGGGCUCGCGACACCUGCUGAGCUUCGACAAGGCGUUUGACGACGUGCCGCACUGGGGCAUCAUGAAGGAGCUGCUCGGCCAGGCCUUCGGUGUGCCGCGCACGGCACGGAGAUCGAAGCCCUUCAUCGACCACGUCUUGACGUUCUCGAUCCUCGACGGCAAGAUCUGGUUCCGCAACUACCAGAUUGUGGCCACCGAGACGGACCCGGGCGCGUCCGCGCUGGCAGCAGCGGCUGCGGCUGCUCAGGAGAAGGCUGGGGGUCGUGUGGCCAAGGGUCGCGCGUCGGCAGGCAAGAAGGGCGAGGAGAAGCCGCCGACGCUGGUCGAGAUCGGCCCGCGCUUCGUGCUGACGCCGAUCCGCCUGUUCGAGGGCUCGUUUGGCGGUGCGACGCUGUACGAGAACCCAAGCUACGUCUCGCCAAACACGAUCCGGCACGACGAGCGCGCAAAGAAGGGCCAGAAGUACAAGGAGAAGACGACGGCGGCGCUCACGUUCGAGGCCAAGCGCCGGCGCCUCGAGGAGGAGCGCACGCCCGACGAGCUGGCGCGCGACCGUGUCUUUGCCUGAAGACCCUUGUCGUCGGUCUCCGCCGUCGUAUCGUGCAACACAUGCCCAUUCUCCGCGUG